AGAGCUAACUCUAUAAACUAAAAAGCCAUGGAAGCUCAAACCUAUUUCUUAGUUAUUGCAUUGUUCUUUCUGUUGCAUUUGCUUGCAAAAUAUUACAAGCUAAAAACUAAUGUCUCUCACACACUUCCCCCAGGACCAAAGAAACUACCUAUCAUAGGAAACCUGCAUCAACUAGCAGCAGCAGGUUCACUUCCACACCAUGCUCUCAAAAAACUUUCCAAAAAAUAUGGACCCCUCAUGCACCUUCAACUUGGUGAAAUUUCAGCAGUGGUUGCAUCCUCCCCAAAGAUGGCCAAGGAAAUAGUGAAAACACAUGAUGUUUCUUUUCUUCAGAGACCCUAUUUUGUUGCUGGCGAAAUAAUGACCUAUGGGGGAUUGGGCAUUGCUUUUGCUCAAUAUGGUGAUCACUGGAGACAAAUGAGGAAAAUAUGUGUGACGGAGGUUCUGAGCGUGAAAAGAGUUCAGUCUUUUGCUUCGAUUAGAGAAGACGAGGCAGCAAAGUUUAUCAACUCGAUUCGAGAAUCAGCAGGUUCGACAAUCAAUCUCACUAGUAGAAUUUUCUCAUUAAUAUGUGCUUCUAUUUCCAGGGUAGCAUUUGGCGGCAUAUAUAAGGAGCAAGACGAAUUCGUUGUGUCUUUGAUCCGACGAAUUGUUGAAAUUGGGGGAGGAUUCGACCUUGCUGAUUUGUUUCCUUCAAUUCCAUUCUUAUAUUUCAUAACUGGGAAGAUGGCUAAAUUGAAGAAGUUGCACAAGCAGGUUGACAAGCUAUUGGAAACCAUCGUCAAAGAGCAUCAAGAAAAGCAUAAACGUGCCAAAGAAGAUGGAGCUGAAAUUGAGGACGAAGAUUAUAUUGAUGUUCUUCUCAGAAUCCAACAACAAAGUGAUACUCUAAACAUAAACAUGACGACUAACAACAUCAAAGCCUUGAUAUUGGACAUAUUUGCUGCUGGAACUGAUACUUCAGCAUCAACACUAGAGUGGGCUAUGACAGAAAUGAUGAGAAAUCCAAGAGUGAGGGAGAAAGCACAAGCUGAAUUGAGACAAGCUUUUAGAGGAAAGGAAAUAAUUCAUGAAAGUGAUUUAGAGCAACUUACUUAUUUGAAGUUGGUGAUCAAAGAGACAUUCAGGGUACACCCACCUACUCCUUUAUUGCUCCCUAGAGAAUGCUCUCAACUAACCAUUAUCGAUGGCUAUGAAAUACCAGCCAAAACUAAAGUCAUGGUAAACGUAUAUGCAGUCUGUAAAGAUCCCAAAUAUUGGGUUGAUGCUGAAAUGUUUGUCCCUGAAAGGUUUGAGGCUAGUUCUAUUGAUUUCAAAGGGAAUAAUUUUGAGUAUCUUCCUUUUGGGGGAGGAAGGAGAAUAUGUCCUGGCAUGACAUUUGGUUUAGCCACCAUUAUGCUUCCACUAGCUCUAUUGCUCUAUCAUUUUAACUGGGAACUCCCAAAUAAAAUCAAACCUGAGAAUAUGGAUAUGGCCGAACAAUUUGGAGUGGCUAUUGGGAGGAAAAACGAAUUGCAUUUGAUACCCUCGGUUAAUGAUCUUUGCGUGCAUUGAUGUGUCCAUGUUAAUCGAUUUUACUUUCAAGUGUCAUAACUUACGUGUUAAGGAAAUAAAAAACUUGUGAUUUGUUUGAAUAUGUAUCGUCUAAGAUAUAUUAAUAAAAAGCUUUCUUAUUUCUCUUUAAAUA